CAGUGAGCUCGCAGUGUGAGGUUUUCCCCGAUCAAAAACGUCGACGUAGUAGCAGAAACCCUAGGAACCUUCAUUCGAAUUGCACAACGGUGGAGGUCGAUGGCGAGCAUAAGGCCUCUGCCGGAGGCUGUUCGUAGCUCAGUGCGUUCUGGCAUUUUCUUGUUCGACUUGGCGCGUGUCGUGGAGGAACUGGUUUUCAAUAGCCUCGAUGCUCGUGCUACGAGGGUAUCUCCUAUCUACACUUUGUGUUUUGUUAACCGUAGAGAGAGAGAGAGAGAGAGAGAGAGAGAGAGAAAGAGAGAGAGAAGUGGAAAUUGCUUUAGCUUUGAGAAUUGUAUCUAUACCGUUGAACUGUCCGUUGUCUUUGUUUUAGGAGGUGGAAUUACUCGAGAUGGACUGGAAUUGGUGGGAGAAAGAUAUGCAACAUCAAAAUUUCUUAAUUUGGCUGACCUAAAUGCCACAAGUGGAAACUUUGGUUUUCGUGGGGAAGCUUUAGCUUCCAUUUCCGAAGUCUCUUUGUUGGAAAUUGUGACAAGAACAUAUGGAAGGCCAAAUGGAUAUCGAAAAGUAUUGAAGGGCUGCAAGUGUUUAUAUCUUGGAAUUGAUGAUGAAAGAAAGGAAGUGGGCACAACAGUUGUUGUUCGUGAUUUAUUUUACAACCAACCAGUUCGGAGGAAAUACAUGCAAUCCAGCCCCAACAAGGUACUGCAAUCAAUCAAGAAAUGUGUACUGCGGCUUGCACUUGUGCGCCCAAAUAUUUCCUUUAAAGUUGUGGAUAUUGAAAGAGAGGAUGAGCUUUUUUGCACACAUUCUGCUACUUCUCCACUGGCACUUUUAACCAGUGGCUUUGGGGUCGAGGUCACAAGCUCUCUUCAUGAUUUAGAAGUUGAGAAUGAUAUCAUAAAGCUUUCUGGAUAUGUAUCUGGUCCUUACAAUACUUCGAAUAUGAAGGUCUUACAGUAUAUCUAUGUUAACUCACAGUUUGUUUGCAAAGGCCCAAUUCAUAAGCUUCUGAGUCAAAUGGCUAUUAGGUUUGAUCAUCUGAACUCAUGGAACACUGAUCAUGAGUUCGAAAACAAGAAGAGAAGUAGGUCUCAACCAUGUCCAGCUUAUAUCUUGAAUUUAAGUUGCCCCCGGUCUUUGUAUGAUUUGACCUUUGAGCCAUCAAAAACUUAUGUUAAAUUCAAGGAUUGGGCUCCUAUACUAAACUUCGUUGAGAAGACCAUCAAACAAUUCUGGGAGGCAAGAAUAGCUUGUGAGUCCUCCUGUCAAGCCACUUACAUGGUACAAGAAGAUCAACAACCAUGGAAAGCUGACGUCAACAUCAUUUCAGCAGAAGCAGAUAUAUCAAAAUUUGGAAACCAAAAUCGUAAGGAUUGCCUAGACCUCUUCUUUUCCUCUUCAGACAAGCUAACUGAAGAUGACUAUCAUCAAUCCAACAGGGAAGAUGUUGGAACCACUCUUGGUUACUCACAUCAAAGGACUGCAAUGUUCAAAGAGCUACAAAGUAAGGGAGACUUUUUUUGUCAGACUGGUUAUUCUGGCAAUUUACUGGAUGGUUCAUAUGCCAAAUGCAUGUCCACUGUACUGAGAAAGCGUGACAGUUUGAUGAUGUGUGAUAACAAUGGUCUGCAAGGAGAUUACCUUUUGGAUGGUAAAUUUCCUGCUGCAGAAAGUUUAUAUGAUAAUGUACCUUUUGAUGCACCAAGUUCUUCACAUGGAAGAAAAUUCCAUAAAGUAGAUGCAGAUGCAAUCAAUGAAUCAUUUGAAAGUGAUUUACUUUAUGACUGCCAUGGGUUUAGUUAUGAUGUAGAGUUUAGUGGGGAUUUUCAAAAGCCUUUUCUAAAGAGCUGCUCUACACGAGAAAGAAGUAUCCUGCAUCAGAAGGGUUGCUUUGUUAAUGAUGAACAUGAACUCCAAACUGAUAGCUUUUGGAGCAAGCAAAUUCUGAGGGAUGGUUGUGGCAGUGGUAAGGAUUUAUAUGAUCAUCCCUGUCCAGAAGUGUUGAAAAAAAUAAAGAUGUCUAAAGAUUCUGAUUUUCUUUCAAGAGCUUUGGCUGAAGAAAAUUGUCUGCCUCCAGAUUCAUGCUAUUUGGCAACAGAAAUUGGAAGCUGUGGGUCUGAUGAUCAGUUACUAAAUUCAGAAUGGCGUCCUGUCUACCAAGAACCUAUAUCUCAAGCCACUGCAUUGGGUGUUUAUCAUACAGCUGAUAUUAAUGAUCUUGGAGAAGUAUCUAGACACGGUAAAAGGAUCUGUCAUACUAAACUUUUGGAUGACGAAGAAAAUGAAUGCAACUUCAGCUACAAUAUGUCAAGGAAGGCCGACCAACAUCACUGCACCUCUAGUUUUGCAGAUACUGUAUUUGAUUUUGAUGGUGCUGUUGAUUGUAGUGCAAUAUCUGACAGAUUAGUUGACUGGCCCCAUUGUGAUGGUAUAUAUUCUACCAAAAGGUCAGAUAUUUUAAAUGAGGAGCCAGACUGGCUGUUGCCUGAGUCAUGUGUAAGAAACUGCAAGAGACCUAACAAGAACAAAGGUAAAAGGGAUCAUUUUAGACAUCCAGCUUUGGAGAAGAAUCAUAAAAGAUCUAGAAGAAGCUUUUCAGCUCCACCAUUUCAUAGAAGCAAAAAGAGGUUUUUCUGUUUAAAUCAGACUUCAGAAAUGAUAGCCAAAAGACCUACUAGCCGAGCCACCAACCUUACUUUCAAUCAUCGAGAAGCUAGUGAUUUUAAAUAUCCUCAACAAUCUCCGGGUGCUCUUCACCCAAGCACUGAAGAUCUCUUAUUGCAAGAAUUCAAAACUAAUGUGAAACAGAGGUCAGAUGUUCUGGGAGAUACAGAGGUUAAUGAUAUUACAGAGAUUGAUGGGUUUGGAAGUUUCAACAUUAAAAACAGUGCUCCAUUCAGGGAAUUGAUCUCAAGGGAGGUGCAAGAUUCCAUAGAUUACAGGACCAAAUGGAGGAACUGUUCACCCCAAAUUCCAAAGAAUGAUAAAUUGAUUGAUAUUCAAAGUCAAAACAGUAUACUUGACAUCUCUUCUGGGUUCUUGCAUCUUGCUGGAGAUUCAUUGAUACCUGAAACUAUCAGUAAGAAAUGCCUUGAGGAUGCCAAAGUUCUUCAUCAGGUGGAUAAGAAAUUCAUUCCAGUUGUGGCUAGCAGAACCCUUGCUGUUAUUGAUCAGCAUGCUGCAGAUGAAAGAAUCAGACUGGAAGAAUUGCGUCAAAAGGUAUUAUCUGGAGAAGCAAAAGCAGUAACCUAUCUAGAUGCUGAACAGGAACUGGUGCUGCCAGAGAUUGGUUAUCAACUACUUCAUAGUUAUAGUGAACAGGUUAAAGAUUGGGGCUGGAUCUGCAACACUCAUGCUCAAAAUUCUGAAUCCUUUAAAAGGAAUUUGGAUAUUCUCAACAGACAACCAGCCGCCAUCUCACUAAUUUCGGUACCGUGUAUUUUGGGUGUCAAUUUAAAUGAUGCUGAUCUUUUAGAAUUUCUUCAGCAGCUUGCUGACACUGAUGGAUCUUCAACAAUGCCCCCCUCUGUUAUACGAGUCUUAAAUUUGAAAGCAUGCAGAGGUGCAAUUAUGUUUGGGGAUUCGUUGCUACCAUCAGAAUGUUCCCUUCUGGUUGAAGAGCUAAAGCAUACAUCACUUUGUUUCCAAUGUGCUCACGGGCGACCAACAACUGUCCCUCUAGUUAACUUGGCGGCAUUGCAUAAUCAGAUAGCCAAGCUUGGGCUAAUGAAUGAGUGCUCAAAUGAUAAGUGGCAUGGAUUACGUAGACACAAAGUAUGUAUUGAACGGGCAGAACAGCGUUUGUGUUCUGCUAGAGGAAGUUGAGACUUUAGAAGAAACUAAAGUUGUUCCUAUUACUAACAGUUGAGAUUAGUUUGUGACAGAAUUCAUGCUUAACUUCGAAGCCAUUCUUUGUACUUUGAGUGUACAGCAACAUUAAGGGAGUAAAAAAUAAUGAGACAGCUGCUUAUAUCGAU